AUGCGUAUCCUGCUCAGGCUUAUUGGCUUUUCAUUCAAGUACAAGCAAAGGUUGCUUCUGGCCUAUGCCUGCACCAUCGCCGUAACCGCGUUCGCCCUGGCGAUCCCUUGGAUACUGGGCAUCGCCGUGGACGAGGUGGUCAGGUCCGGAGAGGUUGGGCCGCUUAUCUUCCUGGCGUCGCUCAUCCUGGUGAUAAGCGUCCUGAGAGGGGUCGCAGCCUAUGGGCAGCAGUACCUGGGCGAGGCCCUGGGCCAGAGGGUCGCCUACGACAUUCGCAACACCUUCUACGAGCGGUUGCAGCGCCUCAGCUUCGGCUUCCACGACAACCAGAGGUCCGGCGACCUGAUGUCCCGGGCUACGGCGGACGUUGAGGGAGUGCGGAUGUUCAUCCAGGGAGGCUUGAUCCGCGGCGCGUAUAUGGUGCUCCUGAUAUUAGGCGUCAGCGUCAUCCUCAUCAUCUCCAGCUGGAAGCUGGCGCUGAUGAGCCUGGUUUUUGUGCCUUUCAUCAUAUUGCGCACGGCCACCAUCAUGCUGGAGAUGCGCCGCAACUGGAUGGCCGAGCGGACGGAGAUGGGGCACCUGAACACGGUGCUCCAGGAGAACCUGGCCGGUCAGCGUGUGGUCAAGGCCUUUGCCGCCGAAGACCUCGAAAGUGAGAAGUUCAACUACCACGCCUCAGAGGUUGCCAGGUAUGGCUUCACCGCCGAGAGGUUGCAGGCCAUCACCACGUCCCUCAACAACUUCUUCCUCCUCGGAGGCACCGGCGUCAUCCUGUGGUUCGGCGGACUUCAGGUGGUGAACGGAAGUAUGACUGAAGGGGAGCUGGUGUCCUUCGUGCUGUUCAUGGGGCUGCUGGCCAUACCGGUCCGCAUGACGGCGUGGAUAGUCAACAGCUUCUCCAGGGCAAUGUCCUCCGGCGAGCGCAUCUUCUACGUUCUGGACGCGGAGUCGCCGGUGAAGGAGAAGCGUAACGCCCUGGAUAUACCGCGAGUGAGGGGUGACGUGCGCUUUGAGGACGUGGCCUUCGGGUACAGUGAGCUUUCGCCGGUACUCAAGGGUGUGGACUUCGAGGCCCCCAGGGCGAAGGUGGUCGCCAUUCUGGGCGCGCCCGGCAGCGGGAAGACCACCGUAGUGCACCUUAUCCCCCGCUUCUACGACGUGUCCGAGGGUCGCAUAACCGUCGACGGGAUGGACAUCCGCGACGUCACCCUGGCCUCCCUGCGCCGCAACGUGGGCAUCGUCCAGCAGGACGUGUUCAUAUUCACAUCGACUAUCCGGGCGAACAUCGCCUACGGCUCCGUUGAUGCUCCCAUGGAGGACGUGGUGCGCGCGGCCAAGGCGGCCCAGCUUCACGACUACAUUGAGAGUAUGCCGGACGGAUACGACACCUACGUGGGAGAGCGAGGCGUGACCCUGUCCGGCGGACAGAGGCAGCGCCUCGCUAUUGCCCGCACGCUAUUGCUGGACCCGCCCAUCCUCAUCCUGGACGACUCAACCUCCAGCGUGGACACUGAGACGGAGCACCUCAUACGCCAGGCGCUGGACACGCUGAUUCAGGGCAGGACCACCUUCGUCAUUGCCCAUCGCCUGAGCAGCGUGAAGAACGCCGAUAUGAUACUGGUGAUGAAGGAAGGCAGGAUUGUGCAGCAGGGUGUCCACGAGGAGCUUGUGAGUGUGCCCGGCCCGUACCAGGAGAUAUACGAGCUUCAGCUUCGUCCGCAGGAGGUGGAGGUCAACGGCGGCGGCAGCCUGACCUCCGGGGGAACGGGAGCCGCCUCGGUUAGCCUUGAGACCAGGACUCUGAACGUGGAAGGGACUUCCUAG